AUGGCCGACUUCCAACCCAAAAGCAUUCUUAUCUUUGGUGCAACAGGCACUAUUGGCCGGUACAUCACCAAGGCCAUAGUAAAUGCCCAGCCGGCGUUCGAUCAUGUCACUAUCUUCACCUCCGAAGACACAGUUUCCAAGAAACAGGAUUUCAUUCAGGAGCUGAAAUCAAAGGCUGUGAAUAUUAUCACAGGUGAUGUCAACAAUGAAGAAGACGUUAAGAAAGCAUACAAGGGCAUCGACACCGUCGUUAGUGCCGUGGGAAGAAACGUCAUCGAAACGCAAAUCAAGCUAUUCAAGCUCGCAUCCGAAUCAGACUCGGUGAAAUGGUUCUUCCCUUCUGAAUAUGGAACGGAUGUUGAGUAUGGACCUCAGAGUGCUGAUGAGAAGCCGCAUCAGUUGAAGCUCAAAGUGAGGAAGUAUAUCCGGGAGAAUGCCAAUGGACUCAAGUAUACUUUUGUGGUUACUGGGCCGUACAUUGAUAUGUACUUUACCUUCAACCCUGAUAUUCCUGAGGCUGGUGGUUUUGAUUAUGAGGGAAAGAAAGCUGUUUUGAUUGAUACUGGAGAGGGAAAGAUUGGAUUUACGACUAUGCCAGAUGUUGGAAAAGCUGUAGUAGCAGCCCUUCAUCAUCCCUCUGAGUCAUUUAACAAAGCUUUGAAAGUACAAUCCUUCGUCGUCACCCCAAGGGACAUUUUGAAAGAGCUGGAGAAGCAGACAGGAGGUGAUUCAUGGACUGUUGAAACCUACAGUCUUGAUGAGUUGAGAGAGGCAGAGAAGAAGGGAUGGGCCGAAGGAAACUCCAAUGCUACUUUGUAUACGCUGCGUCGUAUCUGGUCUGAGGGUGGGACUCUUUAUGAAAAGACGGACAAUGAGACGAUUGGGCUGAAGGAUGAGGACCUUGAGACUCUGAGGGAUGCGGUCCAUAGACGACUGACGACUGGCUAUUGA